AGCGCUCCACGGUGAAGUUACUCCGCCUUUCAGGGACCGUAGAACGUCGUGAGUGCUUCCUUGCAAGACAAAUCAGAGUUAAGAUGUUGAAGAUCGCUUUGUUGCUGUGUGUGGUGGGCCUGGCCGUCUGCAGUCAGAUGUACCAGGAUUGUGUCAGCUAUGAUCCACAUAUGAGCAGAAGAUGUGGUCAAUGCGUCCAAAGUUAUCACCAGUCCUUUUACUGCCCCAACGAGUACAACCCAGGCGGCUCUUACCACCAGAAGGUGCCCACUCAUGUCAAAGACGGAUAUGGAUACAAAGUCAGCUACAGAUACGAAACCGUCUACUAUGGUCCCUCCAAGAAACUCUACUUCAGAUACGCUGACGACCCUGCUUGUUACUGGCAGUGCGACACUGAAGGCAACGCCAGCCUGAGAGCAUGUCCCUACGGUACCACCUUCAACGAGUACAACGGCGUUUGCCAGUAAAUGGAACUAGGAUUUGUGCAACCGGUCCGCGGCCUAGCAGAGGACGGAUGGUGAAACGAACACAUUUAAAUCUAGAGACGCUAAUGCUUACGCAACAACUCAAGCUUACAACACGAGAUCUCGCGCCAGAAUGGAGAACGGAUGAGACCAGCCAACAAACUCGACGACAUAGAAGAGGAGACGAAUCUAACUGAAGACACUUGACUUUAUUUAUUUAAAUUAUUUGCUCUCUUGGCUCGUUUCAUUUCGUUGUAUACCUUUUUACUAUUGGGCCAAUAAACAAAGCAUUCAGAUUUUACUCGCGGGUUUAUCUGCAGGUCAAAUUAUAUUGUAACUAAAUUAUAUGCGUACCAAUAAUGUGUUUUCGCUAAGCACGCAAUAUAAAGCUAUACAAAUAAAGCAUUUAAUAUGAAAUAUC